CUUCUCGUCUCUUUCUUUCCUUCUCACCUGAACGACGGUCCUCAACAGAGAGACAUACUCAUUCUCGCUCGGUACAGCCCCAUCAUCAGUAACGACAGUAAUUCAGACACCGUCCGCGAACUACACAUGCUACUACUAUCCAGGAGCAGGCUUCACUUUUACAUCCUGCACAAGUGAUCAGUCGAAUGCGCUGAAGAUCUCGCUGGCGAUUGGAUUCUUCUUGGCGGUGUUCCUGUCGUUCUUGAAGCAGGUCCCUGCGAACGGCACGCCACCACUUGCAGAUGAUGAGGAUGAGCAGCCAAAGUUGACAGCUGGGGGGUCAAAAAGACGGAGGAAAUAUCGGCGUGGUGUGUGCUAUGCAGAAGGGAACUUUUACUACCUCGACUUUGGCGAGUAAGUCCAUCCUCCUAUCGCCUAUCCCUCGCGUCCUAGAGCCAUCCCAAACGCGUCCCCUUACGCCUCUUUCUCGUUCUUGCUACAGCUUCCACGUAUGGGGCCAUGCUGCAUUGUCCUUUGUCGCCUUCGGGACCCUCUCUCUCUUCUCCGCCUCCGUCAGCCAAUGUCUCUUCCCAGGCGUCCGCCCCUGGGUCUUUGUCUUCACCCAGAUCAUCCUCCUAGUAAUCUGCUGCUUCAUCGCCAUGUUCUGGAUCGAUGACCCCACUCUCUCCAUCGGCCUUAUGGUGGUCCCCCAAACUGACGUCCACUCAACCCAAACACCCAACGGCAACGUUAACCCCACAACAGGUCCCAUUACUACCAGUGCUGCUUUUAGCAGCAGUAAUGGUCUAGGAGUAGGCGCAAGCGGGGCUGCGGCGACAUAUAACGCCAGUACGAGCACCACUGCGCUUCAUACAGCUGCGUUCUUGUCACCGAAUCUCACCUCCGGAAAUAAUAUGACGCUCGCGUUGUCGCAGGACCAUCCCUCUCCCACCUCCAUGGGUCUGGCGAACGUGGCCCUCGCGAACACGGUCAUGAACUCGGCCAUGAGCAUGUCCUCGCCCUCUGCAAUGUCAAGUACAACUGUUGUGAAUAGCGGACCUGGAAUUGGAGGAGGAGGAGGAAUGGGAGGUGGGGGCGGGCUAAGUCGGAUGAGCUCAGUCACGAAAAGCACACCGACCAUGUCAUCCGUGCACGAGAAACAGCGCUGGGAUCAUGAUCGGGACAAUGAUAAUAACAUCGUGGAGGAGGUUUAUGAAGAAAAGGACACGGCGAUAUCAGGGUCGGCGCCGUCCUCAACGGAACGCGUCGUCGAAAAGGAAGAGUCAAAUCAACAUUUUUCUCUCAAAAUGGAGUAGACGCGUAGUUCAAAGAGUCUAUAAUACCUCUUCUACAUGAUUAAAAUAAUGAGGACG